AUGGCGGCGGCGGCAGAUGGAAUACAAGCAUAUGUAGAUAAAGUAGUACAAAAAUUACCAAAUGAGGAUGAAGAUCAACAAUCUGAUGCAGUUCGACAAUAUUUAUCAAAAAAAAUCGCAUGGAUUAGUCCAAACGAGGAACAAUUUGAUGCACUUGUUAAACUGUUGAAAAAGCGUCUUGAUGAAGGUCACGGUGAAACUAUUCUUGAAAUAGGCACAGGAGUUGCCGAUGGUGAAUGUCCUGGCUUACUUGUUGAUGAAAUGGAAGCGUCUGUUGCUACCAUGAAAAGUAUGCAAGCUGUACUCGACUCUGAAGUACAGCUUUUACGUGAAAAAUUAGUUUCUAAUAAUACACGCUAUAUUAAUGAAUAUCUUAUUCGAAGACAUAUUGACCAAGAAGAUUUUAUGGAAGUGAGAGUGGCAGUAACCGGUAAUGUCGAUGCUGGUAAAUCUACAUUGUUGGGUGUUUUAACCCAUGGAUUACUCGAUGAUGGUCGUGGUAUUGCACGACAAAAACUUUUUCGACAUAAACACGAAAUUGAAACCGGUCGAACGUCAUCUGUGGGAAAUGAUAUUCUAGGAUUCGAUAUUCACGGAACAAUCGUAAAUAGACCAGAUAGCCACGGCAAUCAAGCGCUUGAUUGGACUGAUAUUUGUCAAAAAGCUGCAAAAGUAGUAACAUUUAUUGAUUUAGCUGGGCACGAAAAAUAUCUUAAAACAACUGUAUUUGGUAUGACAGGACAUGCUCCUGAUUAUGCUAUGUUAAUGGUUGGUGCAAAUGCUGGUGUGAUCGGUAUGACAAAAGAACAUCUGGGUUUGGCUCUUGCACUUGGUGUACCUGUUUUCGUGAUUGUCACUAAAAUAGACAUGGCUCCUCCAAAUGUUUUACAAGAAACUAUGAGACUUUUACAAAGAAUUCUUAAGUCAUCAGGUGUUCGCAAAAUUCCACUCUUGAUACAAAAUAAUGAUGAUGUUAUAACUUGUGCCACAAAUUUUACUAGCGAACGAUUAUGUCCAAUCUUUCAAGUCUCAAAUGUUACUGGUGAAAAUUUAGAUUUAUUGAAAAAAUUCUUAAAUCUCUUAACCACUCGGAUGGAAGCAUGUAUUGAUGAGCCAGCUGAAUUUCAAAUCGAUGAUCUUUAUGCAGUGCCCGGUGUUGGUACUGUUGUUAGUGGUACAACAUUGAAAGGUACCAUUAAACUUGGUGAUAAUUUACAGUUAGGGCCUGAUCCACUUGGACAAUUCAGAACAGUUCAAAUUCGAAGUAUCCAUCGUAAACGAAUGCCAGUUAAAGAAUGUAAAGGUGGACAAACAUCUUCAUUUGCAUUGAGAAAAAUCAGAAAAUCUGAACUUCGAAAAGGUAUGGUUUUACUUUCACCAGCUAUUCCACCUGUGGCUUAUUGGGAAUUCGAAGCUGAUCUACUGAUAUUACAUCAUCCAACUACAAUUAGUACUAAGUAUCAAGCAAUGGUACAUUGUGGCAGCAUUCGACAAACUGCAACGAUAAUAACAAUGUCUGUUGAGCACUUACGUACUGGUGAUAGAGCUAAUGUUCGUUUCCGUUUUAUAAAAUCACCUGAAUAUCUUCGUGUUGGAAUGAAACUUGUAUUUCGUGAGGGACGUACAAAAGCUAUCGGUAGUAUAUCGAAGCUCUAUCCACAUGUUCCUACUCCUGCUCCCAAUACUCGAGGAAAGACAAGAUCACAAGCGCUAGCAGGAAGUGUUGCAAAUACAAUCACAACGGAUCAAUCGCAGCCAAGUAAACGUACUGAAGUGACUGACGAUACUAAUCGAUCAGCUUACAAACGUACUAAGCAAACAACAACAACAACAACAACAACAACAACGACAGCUGCUCCUGGUGAUCAAAAUAACAAUAAUAAUGUGGAUCAAGUCACUCACUAA